CAGCAGAAGCGUGAGAGUGACAGAGAAGGAGGGAGCGCUUGCCCCCGCCCACGCCUUUAUCAUUACAAACCACAGAACAUGAAUUACCUAUCCACAGUCAUCGGCUAGAAUUUACAAGGGGUCAACAAAACCACGUGACUGCUCUCUGCACCCUACCCAACCCACUCUCUCAAACACGCACUCACCACCCCACCCCCAUAUUUGGACGGCGCAUACAGAGCUAAAAACCAAGUACAGUGCAUCGCCAUAAUUCACUAAUACUGUACAUCAUAAAUCGAUGAAAGUACCCGCGCUAUAAGGACCACGAGGAAUCCCACAAAUUAAGACCCCCAAAUCACCUAAAUGAGCUCUUACUUUGUAAACUCGUUCUCAGGGCGCUACCCAAAUGCCCCCGACUAUCAACUGCUAAAUUAUGCACCCGGCAGCGGUGCAUUGAACGGCGGGGCGUACAGGGAUUUUUCCACGGCCACCAUGCACCAUGCGACUGGCUCUUACGGCUAUGGCUGCAACGGUAUGGACCUGUCGGUCACAAGCCGGGGAGGGGUGAACACCAGUGCCUCAAACACAGAAGGACACUUCGGGGGAGACUGUCGGAACUUUAGCCCCGUGGACAGUGAGAGGAGUUUCAGGCAAUCGUCCAGCGGUUCCAUCGCCUCCGUCAGAGACAGUAAGCAGAGUAGUCGGAGCUCGUCUCCCCGCUCGGAGCAACCAGGAAGCGGUCUUCUUAGCAUCCUUAACCUGCCCUCGACCACGUCCGGCGGGGGAGCUACACAGAGAUUUGCGGAGCUGAACGAAAAGUCACCAGAAGCGGAUGAGAUGCAACACAACACGCGGGAUAGCGGCGAUGGCAUAACACAGCCUGCACAGAAACACGAGUGCGGACAGGCGGCCAGCUCAAACCCGGGAGGCACGACGGGCAGCGAGUCGCCCCAGAUAUUUCCAUGGAUGAGAAAGCUGCACAUCAGCCAUGAUAUGACGGGCCCCGAUGGGAAACGUGCACGGACGGCAUAUACCCGCUACCAGACACUCGAGCUGGAGAAGGAGUUUCACUUCAACCGCUAUCUCACGCGGCGGCGGCGUAUUGAGAUCGCACAUACGCUUUGCCUCACCGAGCGCCAAAUUAAGAUCUGGUUCCAAAACCGAAGGAUGAAGUGGAAGAAGGACAACAAACUGAAAAGCAUGACCCUUGGCUCUGCUGGUCCAGCCUUCCAACCCUAGGAAUUAGCAUUAUUAUUAAUAAUAGUUUUAAACACCAUUAUUUUAAUGGAAUAUUUUUUUUAAUACAUGCUUAAAAAUGGGAGAAACUGAAGACAAAAACCUCAACAAUAAAAGCUACCAAUAGAGGAAAAGGAGCAAAGAGACUAUAGGGACUCCACACCAGACUCCAAGACAUACUGUAUUCAGUAUGCAAAUAUACAACACAUAAUUUGUAACCCAGUACUAUAUUUCAACACAGCACUUUCAUUUCUUCGGCAUGGUGGACUACUGUGUUUUAGAUAAACGUUAAGCUAUUAAUGUGGUACUUGGUAGUGCGUUCUUGUGUUGUCGCUUUGAAAAACAUCUGUCUUCAUGGUAGAACACAAAAAGAAAAAAAAUAUCUUACAUCCUAUACAUCAUAAAUCUUGUAUAGCUGUUGCUUGCUAUAAAUUGUUAAUGUCUAGUGCGAAUUUGAACGUCUUUAUUGUAAGUUAUUUGGGACUACAGCCAAACCGUGUCUAAAUAACACCAUAGUUAUAUGCCAUUAAAAUCUGCUCUGGAGUUUUUGUUACUGUAAGCGUGUGUAUACGUCACCUUUUUUUUUUUUUUAACUUUCAACUAUUCAUGUAAUUUUGUCCUGUAGCAAUUCAAAUCAAAGCAUUUAUAAUUGUCAUUAUUACUGUAAUUAUGGGACCUAUAUGUUUCAGUAAAGUACAUUUUGAAUGUAUGGCUGCUGUAUCAUUAGCACCUGCUAAAUAAUUAUUUUUAGUAUUUUCUGUGUGAAAAAUAUACAUGCUGUCCGACAAAAAUAUUGUGCUGUAGUUUGGAGUAUAGUGUAGAACUGUAAAACUCAAAAUACGUCACUCUCAGUAUGAAUAAAAAAAGGCAAAAUGUAUACCUUUCUUACAUUAUCAAUCAAAAUUGGGCAUUAUCUUAUUAAAGGCAGAAUAUUUGAUACAGCAAUUGUAUUGGAUCGCAUUGGAUUGUUCUAAAAUGCAGGUAGGACCACUGUUAACGUGAGUGUGGGUCUUCUAACCUGAUGGUCCUCAAACUUUUUACACCGAUUACCACCUAAUUUGUUUUUUUUUAUCUCCAUGUACUGCCAUAAUGCCCAUCAUUAAAAUACAGAAGGGUAGUGGGCCUAAGUGUUCAUCAAACAAGUUAUUUCUAAAAAGUAUAUUUAAUAUGAUACACAACUGUAAUACUGUGCAGUUUGAACAUUAGUGCUGUGCUUCUAUAUCGUAAAAUAAAAAUAAAAACCUGCUACUUGAGUAAUUACCCAAUUAAAAUAUUGCACAUUAAGGUUAAAUAAUCAUUGUACCUCAAUAAAUGUUUAAAAACAAACAGUACCUAAAGAUGAAAUGUGAAUGUUUGAAUACAACUGAACUGUACACUGAAAAAUGUCCUCUGAAUUUACUUAUUUUGAACAUGUAUAUCGGUUGCACAUGAUUAAAAUGUGUUAAACAAAUCAGUAUUAUUUGAUUACUUUCUCUGAAAAGAGUGAAAAAGAUGCCAGUUUACCCCAUUUUAAUCAUGAGCAACCAAAAUAUAAAGUAAUUUUUUUGAGUGAACUUGGGACGGGAUUAUUUAGCAUACCACCAAUGGGAGGCCACCUACCACCAGUGGUACUCGUACCACACUUUGAGAAUCCCUGUUGUAACCCAAUAGAACAAAAUAUUGAUAAAUAAGAACUUGCACACCAAACGUGCCCCAACAUGGCAUCAUCAAAGUUGAGGAUUGUGUAAAAUAUCCUUUGGAGCAGGGGUGUCAAACUCAUUUUUGUCUCUGUCCGCACUGUAGUUAUGGUUUCCCUCAGAGGACCGUUAGAACAGUGAAAGGUUUAAUCACCAAAUAAUAUUAUCACCAUUACACAACAAAUUGAGGGAUAACUAGUUUUGAAAUCAGAAGACAAGGAUAAUAGUUUGUUCAAGUAUUGUUUAAGUUACUGUAGAAGAAGGUUUUGGUAACAGAAAAAUGCAAUAUCUCAACAUUAUUGUUUAUUAUUAUGACAAUUUGGAAUUUGGGUACAGAUUUUAGCAAAAAUCACAGAAGUUGACGAGCAUGAUUUGCUUUCCCGGGCCACAUAAAAUGAUGUGGCGGGCCGUAUCUGGCCCCCGGGCCUUGAGUUUGACACCUAUGCUUUGGAGCAUCAU